AUGUCCCGACCUGUUUCUCCCGCAACCUCCAUUGGUACUCACAUAUCAGGAAUUUCCCAUCCCCCUGGUUCGCGCAAACGCCGUCGCAUCUCCGUUCUGAACGGUAUCUCCGGUGAUGAACUUUUAAAUCGAAUUAGUGAUUGGGAUGAUGGACAAAAGUCAGCUUCAUCAAUAUCACAUACGUCUCGGAGUUCCCUGUCUUUGUCUGCGAUUUCCCCAGCGACUCCCAAGGAGGAUAACAAAGCAACGCGAGUCCCUGCACCAUCCGUGCUGGUCGAUCCCCUACCGCGUGGACAUCUUGACGACCCAUUCGACUGGUACGAGGAUAUCGAGGAAGCUCAGGUUCCCACUGAGCUCGACAAGUUAAGGAAUGACUAUCAAGCCGAACUAAAAGCCAGUCACAGCCGCAUUGCUCGCUUGGUGCGACAGAUCAACGUUCUGCAAGGGAAUAUCCGGCUGCAGGCCGCAGAAAUUCGAUUUCUCAGGGAGCAAAGGGACCACUUUCGCGACAUGCAGAGUAACUCCAAUGCCGACCCCAAACUGCGCUCGAACUGGGACUCCGAGCAACAGCAGGAACUAAUCCAGCUGCAAGCUGAGCAGGUCCAGUCCCUCACCGCUGAAAGAGACUACUAUCGCCACGAGCGAGACUACUACCGUGACCGUAUUCCUCGCUUAACUUCGCUGACUGGUUCCCCACCACCGCUGCCGAGACCAUUGUCACCAUACGACCCGAAGACGUCCGUUUUACCGGCUUCGUUGAAGAGUUCGGGGCAUCAGGAUAAAGCAGAAGGGGAUUUUGUUGAGCGCAGCUCCAUGUCAUUGCACUCUCCCCAGAAGCGCAAGCGUGACACAGCGAUCGAAGAAGAUUAUAUUGUCUAA